UAGAAGUUAGAAGCUUUGCUUCUUGUAAUCAUGCAUACCCAACAAUCUAGCCUCACCUCCAUAACCCAUAAUCCCAUAAUCCCAUAAUCUCAUACUACCCAUCUCGAUCUAAAAGAACGCUUUUAUGCUUUGUACAUAACAAAGGUUCGAAUACUAGCUACUACCGUUUAUAGUAGCACCAUUAGGAUAUCGCGAUUGUCAUAAUCAUACGGCCCUCUUCUUACAGCUCCAAACCCAUAAACACAAUCCCAAUGGCGUACGGGUUUAUCCCCAUCGUCCACAUCGUGGCAGCCGUCUUCGCUAUCAUCGAGCUUGGCUUAACAGCAUAUUUGGCCAGUUGGUACGAUAGUUGGCUUGGCUUCGGCGGCUACUCACCAUCGCGCGUCAAUUUCAUGAUAUUCAACUCGGUAUGGUCGUUAUUAGUACUGAUCUACGUGGGUGUGACGCCGCUAUACCUGACCAGCGUCUUCCACCGGUUGGCAGCCCUCGCCCUUAAUGCCAUCACCACUAUCUUCUGGUUCGCCGGCGCAAUCGCACUUGCUGUCUUCGUCCGCGGGCCUUACCAAUGUGGAUCGGACUCGUUUUGUGGUUCCGCCGAGGCUGCUGUUGCUUUUGGCUUCUUCCUUUGGGCUCUUUUCACCUUUCUUACCGUUAUCGAUGCUAUCGACUCUCUCCGAAGCCGUGGUCACAACGUCAGUAAGCCGCACGCGCAGCCUGGCGUAUAAUCACCCUAGCUACUACGAUUUUGAAUACCCUGUAUGGUUAUACAUAAAUGAGUCUUGCUCCUCUAUUAGUAAUAUGACACUGUUUUACCGGCCUCGCGUAUCUGGAAUAAGGAUGUAAACUUGGGUUUUUGACAGGCGUUUCGUUAAUGGAUGGCGUUCAGGAAACGAUAAUGAUAUACCCUUUUUAGAUAGACCACAAUAAACACGAUUCUUCUCAAA